GUGCGAGUCAGCUGAUGCAUGAGGGUUUGAAGCGGCGUGACGAGGGAGCGUGGCCGCAGUGACAGCGGUGGGCGCUGUGGCCCCGGCUGCUCCGCCGCGCCCGCUGGCGUCCGGCGCUCCGCGCUCGGAAUGGCAGCCCCCGGGGGCCGGCGAGGCUCAGAGACUGAGCACCUCCUGACCCCCAGCCUUGGGUAUGGGACCCAGGCGGGGGCUUCACCAGUCCCCGAAACCUCUCUGGAAGAGGAAGACCUCCGCCGCCGCCUCAAGUACUUCUUCAUGAGUCCCUGUGACAAAUUUCGGGCCAAGGGUCGCAAGCCCUUUAAGCUGAUGCUGCAAAUGGUGAAGAUCCUGGUAGUCACGGUGCAGCUCAUCCUGUUUGGGCUCAGCAACCAGGUAGCGGUGACAUUCCGAGAGGAGAACACCAUCGCCUUUCGCCACCUCUUUCUGCUGGGCUACUCCGAUGGGGCGGACGACACCUUCGCAGCCUAUACACGGGAGCAGCUCUACCAGGCCAUCUUCUACGCCGUGGACCAGUACCUGGUGCUCCCUAACGUGUCGCUGGGCCACUAUGCAUAUGUGCGGGGCGGGGGUGGCCCCUGGGCCAAUGGCUCGGCCCUGGCCCUCUGCCAGCGAUACUACCACCGUGGCCACGUGGACCCAGCCAAUGACUCCUUUGACAUUGACCCAAUGGUCGUCACUGAUUGCAUUGGGGUGGACCCCCCUGAGAGACCCUUUGUGCCCCCUAGUGAAGAUCUCUCCCUCUUGGAUGGCAGCACCAGUUACAAGAACCUCACGCUCAAGUUCCAUAAGCUGAUCAACGUUACCAUCCACUUCCAGCUGAAGACCAUCAACCUUCAAAGCCUGAUCAACAAUGAGAUCCCAGACUGCUAUACCUUCAGCAUCCUGAUCACGUUCGACAACAGGGCGUACAGUGGGCGCAUCCCCAUCAGCCUGGAGACCCAGACCCACAUCCAGGAGUGUAAGCACCCCAGCGUCUUCGGGCACGGAGACAACAGCUUCCGGCUUCUGUUUGACGUGGUUGUGACCCUCACCUGCUCCUUCUCCUUCCUGCUCUGCGCCCGCUCCCUACUCCGAGGCUUCCUGCUACAGAAUGAGUUUGUGCGGUUCAUGUGGCAGCAGCGAGGACGGGCUAUCAGCCUGUGGGAGCGGCUGGAAUUUGUCAAUGGCUGGUACAUACUGCUGGUCACCAGCGACGUGCUCACCAUCUCAGGCACCAUCAUGAAGAUUGGCAUCGAGGCCAAGAACUUGGCCAGCUACGAUGUCUGCAGCAUCCUCCUGGGCACCUCAACGCUGCUGGUCUGGGUCGGUGUCAUCCGCUACCUGACCUUCUUCCAUAAGUACAAUAUCCUCAUCGCCACGCUGCGGGUGGCCCUGCCCAGUGUCAUGCGCUUCUGCUGCUGUGUGGCUGUCAUCUACCUAGGCUAUUGCUUCUGCGGCUGGAUCGUGUUGGGGCCCUACCACGUGAAGUUCCGCUCGCUGUCCAUGGUGUCGGAGUGCCUCUUCUCACUCAUCAAUGGGGAUGACAUGUUCGUGACGUUUGCAGCGAUGCAGGCCCAGCAGGGCCGCAGCAGCCUCGUCUGGCUCUUCUCCCAGCUCUAUCUCUACUCCUUCAUCAGCCUCUUCAUCUACAUGGUGCUGAGCCUCUUCAUCGCACUCAUCACCGGCGCCUAUGACACCAUCAAGGGACAUCAGGCCGUGGAGAUUCGGUGAUUUACCCAAGGUCGGUGACUAAGUAGUGAAGCCAGGCCCAAGCCAGGACUGUGGAUUCAGAAGCCUUGCUCCAAAACCCUCUGGCCUGGGCAGGGGCUUUGUGGGUCCGGGAACCAUAGCUGUCCUGCAGGCUGUGGGGAUUAAGGAAAGAAAGGGGUUAGAGCAGAGUAUGGGGGUGGCAGGCAGAUAGGAUUCUUUUACCCAACAUGUGGGAGGGCCUGUUGUGAGCCAAGCGCUGUUUUGGGCACCAGUCACCCGGGAAACAAGGCAAGAUGUGCACAGCCUGGCCUUGCGCAGGCCAGUGGGCAAGGUGGGGUGGCGUAUGACGAUUGGCUGGCAAGAGGAAUGAAGGAAAGUUUCUAGAACAUGCUUUUUGAUAUUAGUCUCUAAUUACAUGAGACUGUUUAAGUUAUAAUUUUAAUUAAAAUGAAAUACAAUUUCAAAUUCAGUUCAUCACUCACACCAUCCACAUACCAGGUGCCCAGGAAACUAUGUGGCUAGUAGCUUCCAGAGAGAACAGCAUAGAAUUGAUCAUCUCGGAAAGUUCUAGACUGAAGAGAUGGGAGCCCAACUGAGGGAAUAGCAAGGGGCAGAAAUAGCCAGUGCAAAGACCUGGUUGCCAGAAAGAAGUUGGGGAAGGGAUAGUGGCUCCUGCACGAAGUUGGGAGGCUGAAAGCCGCGACUGUUCACUCGGACGGACGGACCAAGGAAGAGUCAAUGAGGAAGGGCGAGGAGGUGGAGGAAAGGGCAGAUCUCAAGGGGCCCCCUUCGUGCGGCCACGCUGC